UUAAAUAAAACAAUACAACCAUGUUAGUAAGUGGGAUUCACGGUUUAUGAACGGCGAUAGAGUCUAUCUCUGGAGGGGAAGAAGACAGGUACGAGGAAAACAUACUCUACUUGGUUUAAACACAGCCCACUUAAUUUCAAAUGACUCCAUCUCCCAUGAAACACCAGUUCAAGUGCAGCUUCAUAAAAUGCUGCGAGUGUGACAACUGAUCGUUACAGAAAGAUAUUCAGUGUUUUGUUUGAGGUUUUUGGGACUGAUUUCCAGUUGUAGAUCAAGUCGUGUUAUUAUCGCCAAGACUAACACACGUAAAUGGAGGAUCAAGUCGAGGCUGCAGCAUGAAACUUAGAUCCACGGCUUUUACAUGUAAACCGGAUUCUCGUUUCCGUCGGACAAGUACCCGGCUGUUGGACUUGAUUCGUUUUUUGUCGCCGGAGCGGCACUUGUAGAAAACCAGCUAAUUGGACAACAGGAUUUGGCGGUCGUACACCAUAUCAGUGGACUAGAGGAACGUUUUGAAGAUAAAAUCAAAUCUCACUGAAGUAAGAAGAAUGGCCUCAGAGUUGGAGAAAGCAAUCGCUGAUGCAUUCAGGAGCAGGAAUGUUACACCUCUGAGAGUAUUCCUGCAAAAGAGCACAAAUGAACCUGUCAAAUGUUCCGCACAGUUUCUCAACAAAUUGGAUAAUUUUAUCAUUUGGAGCUUGGAUGAAAACGAUUCCAAUGCUACCUGUGUAGCUCUUGCAGUCCUCCAUAUGUGUGGGAAGAACCUGACAUUUCCUACGGGCAGUCAAGGAAUUACAGGAAUAAUAGAUCAAGGCUUGAUCCAGAAGAUGGUUCAGUGGUUUGACAAAUGCAAGCAACUGUGGAUUAAGCAUGGCCCACAGUGUGAUAAAUCCUUGUCUAAACUGUCAGAGGACUUCUUUGAUGCUAUAACGAUGGUCCAUAAAGCAUCCAAAGAAGGAAUGGUCGGAAUCCAGUCCUUCCUGCAUCCUAUUGGGCAGUUGGUAAACGAUGCCAGAGUUUGCACCAUCAUUAGAAAAGAGGCAAUCUCUGCAUUGAACAUAAUUCUGAAAAAAAUCCCAAUGUCACCUGAGAAAGAAACGAUCCUUACCUCACAGGAGGCCUCAGAUAUAAUGAUGAAUCUGGCUGGUCAGAUAAUGCAGUGUGGAGAUUAUGACAUGCAGGUUGCUCUGAUUGAGGUAUUGUUCCGAAUGACCACACCUGACCAAAGAAAAAUGCUGGCGGCUCUCUGGUUCAGCAUGGCUCAAGUAGCCUGUGCCUUUGGCAAGAUCCAACCUUCGGCGUUUGAGGCGGAUUGUCGCACAUUUCUGAUCUUCGUGAAUGGAUUACAGGGAGACAGUACAAGAGUGAAAUCCUACCCAUGUUUGGAGGUUUAUCUGGACAAUUUCAAGCUCCUGAUGCCCUCUGAUGACAAGCUUGACAAAUUCUGGAUUGACUUCAACCUCGGCAGCCAAAGCAUCUCUUUUUAUUUCUCAUCCGCUGAUGAAAAGUGUCUGGCAGUUCUCUGGGAUUCAAUCUGUAUCUCCAAGAAUGAAAUCCGCAGUUAUACUGUUACAGAGAAGGGGAUGAAACAAAUAUUACAGUUAGAGCUGUCUGAAGUGGUCAUGACAGGAAGCGUAAAAGGAUCAAGUAUUACCAUCUUAUUUUGCUCCAAUUUGGACAUCCUGCAGGCUGUUUCUUGCAUCUAUGGACACAGAAAGCACAAACAAAACACCGUGGGAAAGACAUCCGCUGUAAAUAUGACCCUUAACAUUGCCAUUGAAGAGGACAAAUUCCAGAAUUUUGUCCCAGAGAGUCAGCUGUCCCUUCGUGAGGAUGACAAAAACACAGAUUCCUUUCUUGGAACAGCACAGCUGACAUCUUUACAAGUCCCAGCCAAUAUGCUUUCUGGGUUGACCACCUUUAGCAACAGCAGUUCAAAAGGUGGCAUACAUAAAUCAGACACUUUAGCAGAGAACAAAGGGAAACCAUGCCUGGAGAUGUUUUGUGCUUCUGAUAGAAAGAAGGGUGCUAACCUGGCAGAACAAAAGACCACUGAUGAAACCCUCAAAUGUGUCAUGACCAAGCAGAACAUACCAGUAGUAAGAGAAUCAGAAAGGAUCCUAGCAGGACAGGGUACAGACCAUUCUCAGGAGUAUUAUUUUGUGCCCGACACCCAGCCUUUGACUGAGAAAAAAAUGUCUCAGAGGAACAAACUGUCAGUUUUGGAAAUAUUCAAAAGGCCUACACAAAAGAACAAUCCUAUGCGAAAUCAUGGCCCACGUAGGAGAAAGCAGCUCCAAAGCAAACCUUCUCUGCACCCACAACAGGUCAUCAAGGAAAGAAACACAGCGUUUGCACAUAAAGAAGUUGCCGCAACCAUGACAUUGAUCUCUGAUCAAAAGAGCUCUAAAGAAAAUAUAUCGGGGUGCUCAUAUGAUUUGGUUCUGCAUACUCCCAAAGAGCUACAGGCCCAGGGAAAACUUGACCAAACAAUGAGCAGAGGCAGGCAGCCAUCGAUUGCAUCGUCAACGAAAGCAUCUACAUCCAACCAGGAAGGAAAUUCAAAUAAUAAGAGAGAUAACGUGGCUGCAGGCAACAUGGUGAAACUUAUCUCAAGCUAUUACACCACGAACAAGCAAUCCAAGGAAAAAAUUGGAAGGAUACCUCAGAGCUGGAUUCCACCUAAUCAAGUCAGCAGCUUGCUUUCCACUGGUAAAAAAAAUACACAAGCAGUAGAUGUAACCAAAUCCCACAGUAAGAUCACAUCAAUUUCUGCAAACAAAAGAAAAGAUGUUUUUGAUUUCAGCACUGAUGAAGCAUUCAGUGUCGGGAGAACGUACCAUACAGUCCUUGGAAAAUCUGCCACAUCAAACAAAGGCAUCUGUGACCCUUCAUUACACCUUACCACAGCCUGGACAGGACAACUGGCAGCAAAGGAGAAGCAGAAUGAAAAGAAGCAUCUGUUCAGUGGCACGGACAAUACCAGCUCUCCAGAUGCCAUCUGGGUGACAGAGUCAAGCAAGAAAGCCCAAUGCAAAAUGACAUAUGCCCGCAGACAACCAAUCAGACCCAAAGCAUUUCAGGCCCAUAAUUCAAUUGAAGCCCAAGGCUUACCAAAAUGUGGAAAAAGAAAUGCAAGACUCAGCAAGAAGGCGAUGGAAUUGGAGAAGGAGAUUCCAGAACCUGACAAAUCCUUCAGUUUCAACAAAAGACCCCGGCGAAGUGCAGCCUUUGCCAAGAGCUAUAAAGAGCCAGACACCGAUGAGAGCCUCUCAGAAUCAGAGAAGCCUCAAGCAACCAAGCAGACACAUGAAAUUACUCGGCCAAACAAGUCCAGCACAACAAAAAUUCAGGCACAAAGGAAGAUGUCUAAGUGUCCUCGUCCUGACCACCAGGCCUCCCCUUCUUCGACCGAGAAAAUGCGAUUCCCUGAAAUGUCCACCCAGUCCCCGGAGUUCUCCCCUCUCAUCAGCCUGCCAUUGUGUUCCUCACCCAAGGGGACAAGUGUGAUCCAGCAGUCUUCACUUUCACUGCCCUUUUCUCCCUUGUUGACAGCCCUAAAGCUGUCCCACAUCGCCACUCCUCCCCAUUCACCUUUUCCUGGAUCUGCAAUGAAUCCUGACCUGAAUUGUAGCUUCAGUCAGGAAUCUGCUGUAUCUCAGAUUUCCCUGAGUCUGUCAUUUACCAUUGGAGUUCAGCAAAGCCCAAUUGCUUCACAGGCUGUUAGUGAGAAAACAGAGACACCACAUUCAAAUGAAGAUUCUGCUGAUACUCAAGGCUCAGUUGCAGAGGAGACCAUUGAAGCCGAAAUGAGCCCUGGGCUGACCACUUCCUUCUCAAUGAUGACAAAUCACUGCGACACAGAUGGGGAAAAUGGAGAGAUGGACGUGGAGGAUUUAGAGUUGCCGGAUGUUGUGGUUAACCCCAAUAUUCUGUCUCCACAAUUUAGGGCCAAACUAAAGAUGAAAUUACAGAUUCAGAACCGCCUCAAGAUAAUGGACAGUUAUUACAAAGAGAAUAUGAUUACUGUCCAGCAACACAUCUCCUCUCUCAGCACGCAACUAAGUAAACACAGGACUCAGAAGUUUGAAGAUAUCAAGAAUGUCUUUCUGGGAGAGAUCUUCAAACUGGAACAGGGGAAGUCUAUGCUGAAUAGCAUGGAGAAAGACCUGAAUAUAUGCUGUGAAAAGCAGCACAUGUUUUUCCAGUCAUAUCGCGAGCAGGAAACAAAGAGCAUAGAGGUCCUGAAGAGAACUCUGAGAGGCAUGUGUUCAAGACUUGAGUACGAGCCAUUAUUCACAUCCCAGAUGGCUCAUCUUAAAAAAGACAUGAAGUCAAUUCAAGAGCGACUCCUCAGAACAUUGCACGUGGAGGCGUUGGAAAGUUUGAAGAAAGUUCUGCAUGCCUGGGUCCUUGUUGAUUGAAGUUGAAGUUUUAAGUGCAAGCUAAGUUACACUACUGUUAGUGAAAAUAUGUACAUGUAAGUCUUAAGUGUAAGUUGAGUUACUGUUACUGUUAGGAAAUGAUAUUUACAUUUUAAAGGCAGUUCCACUUUUACUGCAACUAUAUGCAAGUUUAGUUUUAAUUGCAAGUUAAUUUGUUGUUUCACUGAUUCUUGAUUAUCAUUUUUAAAUCCAAUUUUUGCUAGACUUUCAUGGCACGUACUCAUUUUUACAACAUUAAAUUAUUUUGUUCUAUAAACUUAUAUUUGCGUGCAAAUUGACAAAUAUUUUGCAAUCACUGGCAGUAUUUUAUAUUAUAGUAUUUCAUGGAAAAUAUGGAUUGUGGAAGGAAACUCAGUUGUAUAACAAAUCUGUUAAAAAGUCCACAUUUUCAACUCCUUUAAAAAAACAAAACAAAAAAAAAAACGUUUGACCCGGUAAAUAAAUGAGCUUUCCUUUGAGACUUGGA